GCUGAUCUGUUAAAUUCUUAGUGAAGUUUACCUCAUUUCCAGUGGCGGCUGCUGUUUGAGUUUGGUUUAGAGCAGGGCUGAGAUUAUCCUGACAUUUCUGGGAUCACAUCUAGCAAAAAGGAAGAAGAAAAAGAAAAGAUUGGGAAAAAAAGUGAGGAGAGAAAGAGCAGGCUAAAGGGGGCUUCUUUUCUCAACAUUGCAUUCCUGUGUUUUGCUUCAGCCUGGAAAAUAUAUUAAUCCCAGGGCUUUUCCUCUCUGGAAACAAAGGAGCUAAACUAGAGUGAGGAGGAAAGGAGUGAUUAGAAGGAUCAUGGAACUUUAAAAGAGAGAGAUUCAGAAACAGCUGAGAGUUCACUUUUAUUAGAUGAAAUGUGUUUCUCCGUGUGUGUGACUGAUACAGAAACAAGACAGACCUGCAGGUAAAUGGAGCAGCAAAGAUCACAAAGGAAAUUCCCAUUCGCCUCAUCCCACUUGUCAAGAAGGUGAAGAAAAACAAAAAAGUAAAAGCUCCACAGUGAACCGGACAUUCUCUGGAGUCUGUUUUGUUACAUAAAAACCAGUGAGCUGCAGCAAAACUCCAUGGCAUUGCUCUCCCUCUAAAGAAAGGGCUGGGAUACACGUAUCCUGAACAGAAACUUUCCUGAGAGGUGGAUCGCACAAUGAACUGGACACUCAUUCUGAGUUUAGCCAUGCUGUGGGCAACAUGGCUAGUGUGUGACUCUGAGAAGACUGUGAGGCUAGCAGAAAGAGGGAGCCAUGGAAUUAGUUACUUGCCUUUCUCUCAAAGGGCUAGUAAUGGAUCGCUCUCCUUCCUGAAAAGGUCAGAGGCAUCCCAGAGGAGUUGGACGCCUUCACUGGGAAAUCUCCAACGUCCUGUUGCCAAGAGGGAUACUCCGGCAUCAAAAAAUGUACAAUCUGACCUGCUGCGAGAUGAAGUGGCAGCCCAGGCCAGGAACGUCGGGGCCAGAGUAAGGCAGACACAGAGACACACCACUGUGGCCAAACAUCCCCAGCCUCAGAUGAUCAAGGACGAGGGGAAGUCUGCCGUGUCUCGGUCCCGGAUUGUACGUUUCCCUUCAGGGUCCAGUUCUCCCAAUGUCCUGGCCAGCUUUGCUGGCAAGAACAGAGUCUGGGUCAUCUCUGCCCCUCAUGCCUCUGAAGGUUACUACCGGCUCAUGAUGAGCCUGCUUAAGAGUGAUGUCUACUGCGAACUGGCUGAGAGGCACAUCCAGCAGAUUGUGUUGUUCCAUGAGGAAGGGCAGGAAGGAGGGAAAGUCAGGAGGAUAACCAAUGAAGGGAAAAUCCUGGAGCAAUCUCUAGAUCCCAGCCUCAUCCCUAAGCUCAUGAGCUUUCUGAAACUGGAGAAGGGGAAAUUUGGCAUGGUGCUGCUGAAGAAGACCCUACAGGUGGAGGAAAGGUAUCCUUACCCUGUAAGGCUAGAGGCCAUGUACGAAGUCAUCGACCAGAGCCCCAUCAGGAAAAUUGAGAAGAUGAGGCAGAAGGGCUUCAUCCAGAAAUGCAAAGCUGCCGGAGUGGAGGGGCAAGUGGUGGAGGAAAGUAACAAUGGUGGCAGCACCAGACCUACAUCAAGUGGUGGACAAGUCCAGCUGUCGGUAAGGAAGGAGGAGCCAAGGAGAAGCAAUUCUCAGCCAACAAGGAGCAAAACAGUGAGGAAACUAAUCACAACCACAGUGGCUCCUCCUCCCCCUACAACAAGGGCCAUCACCCUCCCUCCCACAACCACCACUACCCAGGCAACCACCCGCACAGUGAUGAUGCCGAGCAGACCUAUCACCACAGUCACAUCCCUUCCAACCACUCAGAGAACUUGGGCCCCAAAGUCACACACCACUUCCAACUAUGAUAGGCUGCCCACAGCGCCUGAGGUAACUGCCCCGCGGGGAACAGCCACUGAUGAUUUCUACUCCCCUGUGUGGAAUGAGAACCGCAGAGACAGGCAGCAUGGUCACCCGGAGAGAAACCCAGUAACCACCUGGAGACCUGGCAAAGUUGCCAGCUACAACAGCUACACAGAGGCUCCCCCGGCCACCCCAGAGCACUACACGAGGGCAAACGCAGGUAGAUUUAGAGACAACCGUACAGACCGGAAGGACUAUAUACACCGGGAUCCCAGUGUCACGCCAGGCCAACACAAACCAGCCAAAGCCAAGCCACCUAAAAAGAGAACUCAGGAAAAGAUCCUGAGCAAUGAAUACGAGGAUAAAUAUGACCCAAGCAGGCCUGCUGUUCCCCACUUGGAGCAGGAGAUCACAGCAGGGAAUGUCCCGCCAAAGAAAGGGAAAGAGACAAAGAGGCACGACCGACCAGACAAGCCUGAGAAGAAGAAGAAGAAGGAGCGACCCGACAAGCUGCAGAAGAGUGAGAAGCAGGCCAAGAAGGACAAAGCUGAGAAGAAGAACAAGCAGGACAAAGACCGCAGCAAGAAGAACAAGAAGGGGAGCAGGACUGAGAAUGAGGGCCACCUGAAGCCAAACACAAAGCCUUUCGUUCAGCCCCCCAGGAAAUCGGUGACAAACCUCCUGGAUUUUUUUGAAGGCAAACGGCGACUCAUUCUGAUCACAACCCCUAAGGCCGACAACACCAUGUACGUGCAACAGCGAGACGAAUACCUGGAGAGUUUCUGCAAGAUGGCCACAAGGAAAAUCUCAGUCAUCACAAUUUUCGGCACUAUGAACAACAGCAGCAUGAAGAUUGACCACUUUCAACUAGAUAAUGAGAAGCCCAUGAAGGUGGUAGAGGAUGAUGACCUAGUGGACCAGCACCUCAUCAAUGAGCUGAGGAAAGAAUAUGGGAUGACCUACAAUGACUUCUUCAUGGUGCUGACGGAUAUUGACAUGAGGGUCAAGCAAUAUUAUGAAGUGCCCAUUGCAAUGAAGUCGAUAUUUGAUUUCGUUGACACCUUCCAGUCACGAAUCAAAGAUAUGGAAAAGCAGAAGAGGGAAGGUAUUGUCUGCAAAGAUGACAAGAAACAGUCCCUGGAAAACUUCUUAUCCAGGUUUCGAUGGAGGAGGAGGCUGCUGGUGAUCUCUGCUCCCAAUGACGAGGACUGGGCCUAUUCCCAGCAGCUUUCUGCCCUCAGUGGACAGGCCUGUAAUUUUGGUCUGCGCCACAUAACUAUCCUCAAGCUGCUAGGACUCGGGGAAGAGAUCGGUGGUGUCUUAGAACUGUAUCCCAUCAAUGGUGAGAAAUGGUUUCCUGGUCUUUAAUGACUGCUCAUGAAGGGCACACACACAGGACUGUGUGUUUCUAAGAGGCAGCUGGGACCUUUGCUUGAAAGGG